UCCAUUUUGUCUCUGGUGCGUGUGUGUGUGCUUGUGUGUCUGAGCCAGAGAGAAGGAAUAACAAACUGUACAUCGGGUUUAUUUUUUUAACAAAGAUCGUCAGCAAUGGACGGCAUUGGCGAUGUUACAGUUGGCGUAAAGAGAGGAUCAGAUGAACUGUUGUCCAGCGGCGUGUAUAACAACCCCAGUUCUGGGUUUAGCAGCAUCAGUGGUGCAACGUCCAACGGCAGCGAUAGCAAAAAACAAAAAGUCGAAGACAGAGUAGGUGAUUCAUUGCCGUCUCGCGUUCUCCACAUCCGAAAGCUGCCCAGUGACGUCUCGGAAGCGGAGAUCAUCUCCCUCGGACUUCCUUUCGGAAAGGUCACCAACAUCCUCACUCUAAAAGGCAAAAACCAGGCGUUUCUGGAGCUGAGCACAGAGGAAGCUGCCAUGACAAUGGUCAAUUAUUACUCCGCUGUCACGCCUCACGUCCGCAACAUGCCUGUUUACAUUCAGUACUCCAAUCAUAAGGAACUAAAGACCGACAAUUCAAACCAGUCAGGUGGGACUCCCACGUCCAACUCGAGUGAUGGUGGAGGUUCCCCAUCCAGUCCGGUGCUGAGGAUAAUCAUAGAUAACAUGUUUUACCCCGUCACCCUGGAUGUGCUUCAACAGAUCUUUUCAAAGUUCGGCACCGUCAUGAAAAUCAUCACGUUCACCAAGAACAAUCAGUUUCAGGCCCUCUUGCAGUUCAACGAUCCAGCCAGUGCGCAGCAAGCUAAAGUGGCUCUAGAUGGACAGAACAUAUACAACGCCUGCUGCACCCUUCGCAUAGACUACUCAAAACUCGUCAACCUGAAUGUGAAGUAUAACAAUGAUAAGAGCAGAGACUACACAAGACCGGAGCUUCCUGCUGGAGACGGGCAGCCCCCUUUGGACCUGUCUGUGGCCGCUGCUCUGGGUAAAGACUCCAGCUCCCUGCUCGGUAAGAUCCCAGGUGCCCUCAAUCCGCUAACCGCAGCCGCCGCAGCUGCAGCCGCAGCCGGUAGAGUCGCCCUUUCAGGUCAUUCAGGGACCACCGGGGUUCUGCUUGUCAGUAAUCUAAAUGAAGAGAUGGUUACGCCCCAAAGUCUGUUUACCCUCUUCGGGGUUUAUGGGGACGUGCAGCGUGUGAAGAUUCUCUUUAAUAAGAAGGAUAGUGCGUUGAUUCAGAUGGCCGAUAUGAACCAGGCACAGCUUGCAAUGAGCCAUUUAAAUGGUCAAAAGAUGUUUUCGAAGAUUGUCCGCGUCGCAAUGUCGAAGCACCAGACCGUUCAGUUACCCAGGGACGGUUUGGACGACCAAGGUCUCACCAAAGACUUCACAAACUCUCCCCUGCACCGUUUCAAAAAGCCCGGCUCCAAGAACUUCCAGAACAUCUUUCCUCCUUCUGCCACGCUGCAUCUGUCAAACAUCCCGCAAGACAUAACUGAAGAAGACCUGAGAGUCCUGUUCUCCAACUCCGGUGGCACUGUGAAAGCUUUCAAGUUUUUCCUAGAUCACAAAAUGGCUCUUAUUCAGAUGACCACAAUUGAAGAAGCCAUCCAAUGCCUAAUUGACCUCCACAAUUAAGACAUGGGUAAUAACCAUCACCUAAAGGUCUCCUUCUCCAAAUCAACCAUCUAAAGGAACAUCCAAGGUCCAUCUUCUAACUUUUUCCUAGCGUAUGUUGACUGUUGAAGUACAUCAGGGACCACAACUUGAGAUUUGUUUUUUUCCGAUUUUCAUCAUUCCUCAAAAAAAUGUUUAAAGAGAAAACUGAAAUAUUGUGGACAUAGUUGACCCUCAUUUCCCUCAUUUCUUUGCCUUGGGUGAGACACAUCUGCUAUUCUCUUCAGUGGUGGAUGGAUCUUAUGGUCUGAAUCUCUUACGACAAGCAGAAGAACGUGCCUUACAAAACCUACAUAAAUCUUUUCAUAUCGAAUUCUGCGAAGGAGAGAAUAUUACACUGUAAAGUUUUGUUAAGACAAAAAUUCAAAUGAUUUUUCCUUGUGUCUGAUGUGUAUAGUGUGUAAUAGCCUUACAAACAGUUUCCUUUGUUUUUCGGGUUCAUUUUGAUUUUUGCAUUUGUUCAUUCUUAUUUGCUGUAAACUUGGAGCCGUGAAUUGUAAAUAAAUCUGUGAUUCUCUGCUGGUCGCCAUUGAGAAGACCUGAGCUCUACCCAACAAUCCAGUUGAACCUUGAAUGGAAUGAAGGGUGAAUGAAACCCGUUCAGGUGCUUUAUUCCCAGGUUUAUGACAGAAGCAUAGAAAAUGCAGAGCGUCUUGUUGCAUGGCUUGGCAAAGGCCUUUUAUAUGUCAUAGUGUGAUUUGGGACCAACAUCUGUGUGCCUAAAGUCUUAAUUUACCCCGGGAUAAAAGAGCAUUUCACUUCCAGAGGAAACUUUGGCAGUGUCAGCCCUAAACAUCUAUACCUAAUUCAAGAUAAGUGGGAUGUGUAUGAUCCAUACCUUUCUUUGUUCGUAUCUCUAGGAAUGUAUGAUUCAGAAUAGUUUUGAUGAGGCACAAUUAAACGGAUUUUUCUAACAAAAGCUGGAACGUCUGACUUUGUUGUCUUUGCUUUUUAUACCUGUAGCAUGCUCAAUAAACACUUCUAAAAUUUC